AUGUCCUUGAUAUUCGUGGCCAUGCUUUUGGGCGUGGGACUCAGUUCCCGACUGGCCAUUCGCCAAUCCUGCCAUGUUCAGGAUGUAGCCCACACCUUCUACGGAUUUCCCGACAAUGAUCCUCCCGGCUGUGCGAUCGCGUACGACUGCGGCCGAGGUCUGACGGCUGGGGGAGUUGGAACCUUCAACGACCCGUUAACCUUCGCCUCAGCCCCGGGCGAGUUUCAGAUCUGCGAAGUCAUCUACGACCCCUAUCUGCGCAAGUAUCUUCGCAUGGAGGAUUUCUGUGACUCCUGCAAUCGGAACUGGGCCAACAAGGUCUGGCAUAUCGAUAUCUGGACAGGUUCCAGUGCUGUCAAUGGAGGAAACGACCAGAUUAAUUGUGAAAACCGGUUGACCCCGACGCCACAGCACAAACCUAUCAUUAGAGGACCGGGCCCAAAUCUACCUAUAGACGCUACACCUCUCUACGUUACGUCCGUUUGCAACGCUGGGGGCGUAUUUCCUGGUUAUGAUGCUCAGAGCUUUUGCUAA